UGGGGGUUCAUUUUCUUCCUUCUUUCCUUAAACCCUCUCUCUCUCUCGCAUACGCAUGGCUUCUGAAAGGGUAAGCUCCGAAACAGUGGCGAAAGCCGUUGAUUCUCUCCUGAAAUGGAGGAACUCACAAUCCGAAACCCAAAAGCCGAAGCUGUUCGACGAAGACGAGGAAUUCGUGUAUCUGAUUCUCACUCUCAAAAAGAUUCCCCAAAAGGGUCGAGUUAACCCUUACAAGAUCCCUCUCCCUCACUCCCUCCUCUCUCCAUUCUCCGAGCAGUGCUUGAUCAUCGACGACAGGCCCAAGGCCCAACUCACCAAAGCCCAAGCCCAGAACAAGAUCCAGUCCGGGAGCAUCCCUAUCUCGAAGGUUCUGAAGCUCACGAAGCUCGCCUCCGAUUACCGUCCCUUCGAGGCGAAGAGGAAGCUAUGCAAUUCUUACGACCUGUUUUUCGCUGACAAGAGGGUUGUUCCUUUGCUUCCGAGGUUGUUGGGGAAACAGUUCUUCAAGAAGAAGAAGGUUCCUGUUGCUUUGGAUUUGAAGAAGAGUAAUUGGAAGGAGCAGGUUCAGAAGGCUUGUUCUUCGGGGCUGUUGUCUCUGAGUACUGGGACUUGUAGUGUUGUUAGGGUUGCCAAGUUGAGUAUGGAGAGGGAUGAUAUCGUAUCCAAUGUUGUUGCUGCCAUUGAUGGGAUAACUGAGGUUGUUCCUAUAAAAUGGUCUAAUGUGAGGUCCUUUCAUGUCAAGUUGUUAGAAUCCCUCGCCUUGCCCGUUUAUCAGACGGUUCCUGAUGUGAAGUUGAAGAUUGUGGGAAUUAAGGAGAAUGAGAGGAAAGAGAAAGAGGAAGAGGAAGAGGAGGAGGAAGCGGGUGAGGAGAAAGUGGGAAAGAAGAAGGGUAGGAUUCAUCAAGUUAAGUACAUGGAUGAUAAAGUUGGUGAGGAUCUCAUUAAAGAUGAUGAUGAUGAUGAUGAUGUUGUUGUGGAAGAAGAUUCUGAGAAUGAUGAAAAGGGUAAUGGAGAAUUAGUGAAUAAGAAGAGGAAGAAAGGAGUUAAAGUGAUGAAGGGGGUUCUAAAUGAGUUGACUAGUGUCAAACGGUUGAAAAAAUCUGCUAAGGAAGGUGGCAAACAGAAGAAGGAGAGUUUGAUGAAGAAAAUUGAAGAUAAAUUAUCUAUUGAUGAUCUGGAGUCGGGCAACAAGAAGAAGAACAAGAAGAGAGUGGAUGUUGAAGUAAAGGCUAAGAGAAGUAAGAGGGUUUUGUGAGCUGAUUGUUGAUGUAAUAGAGUAUUUGUUGUUAGAAUUCACUGCUUGAUGUAGCUCUCCGCAAUCCUGUGUUGUUUUGCUUUGUUGAGUCCUCUGGCAGAUUUUGUUUUUGAGCGAGCUUAUUAUUAUAUUAUGGCAUUUGUUGUGUUCUGUUCUUUGGAAUUUUGUCAUUUGCUAAUUCAAAUUUCCUGUACUCUAGCUUAUUAGAGUGGUUCUCAACGGGGAAAAUCAAAAUGUUGUUUCUCAUUUCAGGAUGAUCUGAAGUUAUUUAGAUAUAGCAUGUUGUCAGAAACUGACUUAGAAAUGGUGAGAUGAGAGUUGUUGCUUGACUUUAAGCGAAAGUUUCAUCAAGGAAACGAUAGGAGCAUGCCCAGAACAAAUUAUACUUUCAGUGAUUGUGCUUCUUUCUUUUGGCAUUAUAGAAU